GAGAGACGACCGAGCUGUCAAACGGCAACAGUCGGAAAUACCAAAUCCGGUCCCCGGUGGCGACCACACAUCGCACUUUGACUCCUCCGCGGGCAACAACGGACGACGAGGUGGAGGAAGCGGAACUUCGAGAACCUUCCGAGCCUUUCAACCUUCCGUGGACCCGCUCUACCCGCCCCGGGGCGACGGAGCUAACCCAACUUCAACUGUUCCGCCGUUGUGUCCGCGGCUAACGGUUAGCUCGCGCUUUAGCCUCGAGUUUUGUUGACUCCCGUUUCCCGUGAGGAGCCGCGGACCCACGGAGCGCUUCUCCUGGAGGGGGUUUAUCUUGUUACCGGCAUGGAGCCCGACUGUUUCUAGAAAAAUCGCCACGAAAUAACAUCAGGUCUCAGAGGGCUCAUGACAGCUCCGUCCAACAUGUGAAGACACUCUCAUCCUGGUGGACUCCCCCACUCACAAGCAGCGAGCAACUGGACCAGCAGGGGACGCCAUCUUGGAUCCAGCCCACCAACGCACUACACCGAGGGAAGCCUUUGAAAACCCUCGGCGCCAUUUUAAAAACCCCCGUCCUCUGGUCAUGUGUGUACGCCACGGGAGAAGGCCCACAACACCCUCCCCGGCGUCGCCCUCUUUCACGCCAUAAUGAACCGCAGUAAACGCAACUCCAUCGCCGGGCUUCCCACGCGGCCCGAACGCAGCGAGGAGGACGGCGUCGGGGGCGGAGACACGGGCAUGGGCCCGCCUUCACAGGCGGGCCGGGUGUGGCCCUCCUCCUACAGAGCCCUCAUCAGCGCCUUCUCCCGUCUCACUCGCCUCGAUGACUUCACCUGCGAGUGGAUCGGCUCCGGCUUCUUCUCCGACGUCUACAAGGUACGUCACCGGGCCUCGGACCAGGUCAUGGCUCUGAAGAUGAACAAGAUGAGCAGCAACAGGGCCAACAUGCUGCGAGAGGUGCAGCUGAUGAACCGGCUGAGCCACCCGCACAUACUCAGGUUCAAGGGAGUGUGUGUGCACGAGGGCCAGCUGCACGCUCUGACCGAGUACAUCAACGGGGGGAACCUGGAGCAGCUGCUCGACAGCAACCAGCACCUGAGCUGGCCCACCAGGGUGAAGCUGGGCUCCGAGAUCGCCAGCGGCUUAGCCUACCUGCACUCCAAAGGCAUCUUCCACCGGGACCUCACCUCCAAGAACUGCCUGAUCAAAUGUGAGGACGGCGGCUACACGGCGGUGGUGGGAGACUUUGGCCUCGCGGAAAAGAUCCCCACCAAUCCAGCCGAGGUGGAGAAGCUGUCGGUGGUUGGCUCUCCUUUCUGGAUGGCUCCAGAGGUCCUGAGAAAUGAACCCUAUGACGAGAAGACCGACGUGUUCUCCUACGGGAUCAUCCUGUGUGAGACCAUCGCCAGGGUCCAGGCCGACCCCGACUUCCUGCCCCGCACCGAGAACUUCGGCCUGGACUACCACACGUUCCAGCACAUGGUCGGUGACUGUCCGCACGACUUCCUCCAGCUGGCCUUCAACUGCUGCAACAUGGACCCUAAGCUCCGUCCUUCCUUCCCGGACAUCGUGAGGCACUUCGAGGGGGUCGUCGCCGGCCUCAAAGCCGACGAGAUGGAGCACGAGUGUGACCAGCUGAGCGGAGACGGGGACAAGAAGGCGGCCUCUAAAGGUGAGAAGCUCCAGGGCGUCAAGCGGCUGAACUCUCUGGGUUUCCAUGACGAUAAGAUCCCCCCUAAAUCCCCGCGGCCCCGCCGGAACAUCUGGCUGAGCCGCAGCCAGUCGGACAUCUUCUCGUGCAAGCCGGGGCGGAAGGUGAACGUCCAGGACCCGUACUACCACCCGCCCAGCGGGCACCGGGCCUCCAAGGCCCGCAAGAUCAACCCCUUCACGGCCCGGGAGGACCUGUGCGGGGGCAAGAUCAAGUUCUUCGACGUGCCCAGCAGCUCCGUGUUCUCGCUGGUGUUUGACCUCCGCUCGCCGCCGGGCAGCGCGUUCGGCGACCGGGCGCCGGGCCCCGCAGGCGGCCACCAGGUGGCGUCUUACUCCUGGAUGCAGCUGCCCGGGAGACGGUGCCACUCUCUGCCGGUGUCCCCCCAGCUGCCCCGCUCAGAGGGCUUCCCCCCCGCCGCCGCCGACAACAGCACGCUGCCAGCAUUUAACUUCCAGUCUGACGCCCUCUUGGCGGGAAAUGAAGUCCGUCAGAAAGCUGAGCCGAGUGUCUGGGCCAAGAGAUACGUCGUGGUCGAGAUCCCACCUUACUGCAGGCAGCAAGGAGAGGAGGAGGGCAGGAAGGGGGAACAGGGGGAGGAGCAAGAAGAGGAGGAGCAAGAAGAGGAGGAGCUUGGGGAGAGCUGGUCUCCGAUGGUCCCCAGCAUGGAGAGACACAGUGGGGAGGCCAUGGACUGCUCCAGCAUCCUGGAGGAAGAGGAGGAACAAGAGAUAGGCCCAGACCCCAUGUAACACACACACACACACACACACACCAGGAGGACAUGGAUUCGGACUGACAUGGUUCAAAAAUGAAAAUUUGAGAAAAAGAAAAAAAAGGUAUCGUUCAAGUGACUGUAUCACAUGUUGAUUCAUAAAUCAAGCGCACCCGAUGGAGGUAAACAACUUUCAGAGAUAUUAUCACCCGGGUGGGACAACACAAAACUGCUUUCAUCAACACGACGGACACUCGAGAUUAUUGUUUUGAGAAAGGUUGUUUAUAUUUAAUAUUGUGAGAUGGGGUUGAUUUUUGUCUUUUAAUUGUGUGUGUGUAUGUUUGUCUGUGUUUAUGUCCCUCUGUGAGGCAAACGUUUGUAUGAAAUCAAAAGAAUCUCAAACUUUUUCUGAUUUAUUGAUUGAGGCGCUGAUAUUCAGACGGUAAAGUGAGAUUUAUAAUAAUAAACAAUAACAACUGCCUGAAAACCAACAUGAGACAUUUCACAGCAUAUCUGAUUCACAGGUCGAGAUAUUAAAUCCAGAUAUUAAUAUUGUUUAAAAACAAAUUAAGUCCCUGUAAAGUUUUAUUUAUUUAUUUUGUAUUUAGAAGUUGCUCCUUGAAAAGCCAACUUUAAAAUCUCAGAUGUCGGACUGUACCUGAACGCAUCACAAGUUUUACAAAACAAUCCCGUCUUCCGGCUCCAUCGACAGUGAAGACGAAGCAAUAAAUUUUUUUAAAUCGA